AUGUUCAUUUAUCGACGUAAAUUGUUACAACGUCAUCGACAUUGGAAGUCAAAGCAGAAACAUUUAGUGAGAAUUGCACCAACCACUAUUAUUGAUCUUAUUCGGCAUCCAUCUACCAAGGCGGAAUUAGGUUUUCUUUCCAGAGGGCCACUUUAUAUAAGAGCCAAUCAAAGUGCACUACGACGACGUAGUCAACGGGAAAAACAAGUCGACAAAGAAGUAAAUGAUAUUCUAACGAAAAUAAAACGAACGAUGUGUGAUCCAUCUCGUCAGGAAUCCAGUAUAAGACAAAAUGCAGCGGUAUCUAAAGUCUAUUUGGCACAACUUCAAACCUAUCUACUACGUCGCUAUAUGACACCCUUAUCUUUAAGAGAUCAUAGACGUGCACGACGAGAAUUAAAAUUAAUCAAAUCAAUUCGAAGAAAAUUAAGAAAAUCAAAACUUAUUCUACGUGAAACAGAUAAGAGUGGUGUAUUCCAUAUUGGUUGUGCUCGUGAUUAUGAAGAAAAAGCCAUCGAUUAUCGACAGAAAACAGGAGCUUAUGAAGAAUUGACUUCGAACCCAUUGAGUGUGAUUGUUGAUCAAGUGAUACAAUUAUUAAAUAAAUUACAAGCAGAGAAAAAAGUUAGUGUAUCUCAACAUAACAAGUUAAUGCCAAAGAAAGAGAAAAUCGAAUUAGCAUACCUCUAUUUUCUUCCGAAAUCACAUAAAAAAGAAACACCACUUCGUCCUAUUAUCAACACGAUACAUGCUGCAACGACCUCUAUUUCAAAAUAUUUAGAUCAAUCUAUACAACCUUUAUUUGUUCGCUCGACGACUAUUAUUGAUAGUGUCAAUCUUCUACUUCAACUACAUCAAUAUAUUGCUAAAGGUUACUUUACUUCUUCGACACUUUUCGUGACAUUUGAUAUUACCAAUCUUUGUACGAUGUUACCACAAGAAGAAUCUUUAGCUAUUCUAGCAGAAUUUCUUCAGGUACAUCAUUGUGAAAGAAUUAAUGGUAUGUCCAUUGAUACUAUUAUACAAUUAGCUCGCAUUGUACUUUAA